AAUACGUUUUGYAGGUCACUCAACCAAAGUUAUUUUGUUGUGGACAAAGCCAGAUMUCGUWGUAAAAAUACGAGAAAUUUUCGAUUUAAUUUUGAAAUACAGUAGACAAACRCUAGAAUGGUAUUCAAGAUCACGUAUGUUGUCAAUUUCAUCCUGUCAGUGUAUACACAAAAUAUUGCCUAGCAACAAUAUGACGUAUAGCUGUAUAAAGUGCUUUUAAUAUUUUCGCAGUAAAUCAUUUAUUCAAACUGGUUCUUGGAAGAACAUUCUCAUAUGCGAGAUGAAUAUAUUUUUUGUUUGAAUACGCGAUUAUAUAUCGUCGAUAUGUCAUUAUUUGAUUGAUUCGUCUCGUACAAAAGUAAAUUCAUUGCAGAGCUUCGACCAGUAAGAGAACUCUAUAACUGCUGUGARAMGUGUUACAGAUCAGUUCUUUGAGAAAAGUUUGUUGGUCAUUUMUCKAUAUAACAGACAGAACUCAGAAUAUAAAGUUUCCGCCAAGAGUUUCUCAAAACUUUAUCGUGGAGUGAGUCCUGUUUCCGCAUGAGAUAAAGCAAGUUGGCAGCAAGACAACAAAUAUCGACAYAAAAUACACACCAAGUGUACACGUGCGAACGGUUUUCUUUACUUUGUCUUCCUUGGGAUUAAAUCUGACGUGAUUUAACGGAGAUGUUGAUCUUCAUUUAUCGAUGGAUACUCUAAUGGAGUCUGUUGUUACAAAAACGCAUCAUGAAGGACACCUAUUUAACUGGUCACAACAAGACUUUCAAGCAAUUUGAUCUCCGAAUGGAUCUCUGCUGCUUUUCACAUUGAAUUUAUGUUUCCAAAUGAGUCCGGCWUCGUCGCAGACUCGAGGACUGAACAAAAAUAAAAUUGURCCGAUCGAUGACUUUACAUCUGAAAGAAUUGAAGUCUCUCCGAACAGAUUUAUCCAUGUUCUUCACUACUCUCCAAGUAGUGAUUCUUCAUCCAUUGAUCGAGGCUCUAAAGCUAGCACAGGCACAAUUGAUGACAAUGAUAAUAUAGUUGUGAUYUUCUUUAUUCAUGGUGUCGGUGGUUGUGCUAAGCUGUGGMAUGAACAAUUAAACCAUUUUCGCARGGCAGGAUAUGCAAUUGUUGCUUUGGACCUUCUUGGCCAUGGUGUGAGCUCGACACCCCGAGACCCAAAACAGUACGAGUUUGGAGAAUUUGCUAAUGACGUUAUGGCUGUCUUUGAUCGAUUCUCGAGAAGAAGAAACAUCUUAGUGGGGCAUUCUUAUGGAGCAUCAUUCUGCUGUCUAUUAGCAUCAGUGCGAUCACGAYGUGUCUCUAAGAUGAUACUUAUUUCUGGAGGUGCGCCAAUCCCACUGCGACCAGAGUCUUGGAGCAUCUUCUCUCUCCCUAUCCCUCUGCUYACAUUAAUCAAACCUUUUCUUCUGUGGUCAUUUGAAAGGAGAGCAUUUUACAGCAAAAACAGAUCCAAAAAUAAUAAAAUCAGAGCAUUUAGUGCUCCUUUGCAUGUCAUAAAAGCUGUUUUACAAGGACAAAAAUGGGAGGCUGGAGAUGAAACGUUUCACAAUGAACUAAUGGUCCCUGCAUUGUUACUUCAUGGUGCUCAGGACAAAUUUGUAAGUCUUGAGGAUGAGCAAUGGAUGCAAGAGGCAAUUUACAGUUCUUCAUUAGAAGUGAUUCAGGAAGCUGGGCACAUGGUCAUGAUGGAGUCUCCUGAAAAGGUGAAUUGGUAUAUUCAUAAUUUCCUCCAGAGAGACCCAACAACAAGGUCUAAUAAGUUAAUUUCGCCAUCCCGUGAAGUAUCAAAAGACUCUAUCCAUGUUAGAGCUAAAGUUUCUUCAACAACAAAACAACUCUCUCUUGCCGUAGAGUCACUGGCAGAACUACCUGUUGAGAGUAAUACUGAAAGAAGCCAAAGUGUUGCUCAUUUAMGGCGUUUUUCAGCUCUCUCACUUACAGUACCUGGAACAUCAGGUGUCAGAUCAAAUUCUUUACCAGGGAGCUCAGCAGAUAUAAUAAUGUUGAAUAAAAAAGAUUCAAAAAUUAGGUUUGAAGCAGUAGAGAUUCAUAUCAAUAAUGAGCAGACUGUGGCACAAGAUGAGAGUUACUUAAACAAAGGAUAUAGCUCUGACACUGAACCUAAAGAUAGAAUUAAAAGUACAAGCAAAGAAAAUCAUACUCAAUCUAAUAAUGGAUCAAAUACARGCUCCUUAUCAUCUCCAAAGGAACGGAAAAAGGGUGUGUUUAGCAUCUCAGGAGGAUCUCUUCCAAGUGUAGAAACAUGACAAAAUGUACAAGAACAAGAUUGUGCUCAAAAUUGCAAUUCUGUUACGUCAUAAUCCUUGGAACCUAGAAAGAAAUGAGAAAUAAUAGCCUGAACCCGGAGGAUGAUUUCAAAGAUUCAUAACGUUAAGAGAUUAUUAAAUAUAUACAAUUUACACCCAAAACAUCAGAUUAUAUUUUGUAUAUCAUACAUAACAUUAUACCAACAUUUUAUUUUAUUUAAAAAUUCUAAAAGCGUGUACAAUAAUUAAUAUUGCAUUUGUAAAUGAUGUAAAUCCAUGCAUUGAGUCCACUGGUAAAGUUGACUAUUGUACAACUAAUUUAAUAUAAAAAUUAUUUAAAAAUGAAUUAAAGCUAUGAAACAUUUUUGAAGUUAUUCAAUGUCUUUAUUGUGUGGAUAAAUACAUGAAAAGAGCCAAAAGAUUAAAAAAUUUUAUUUCAUUUCUAUUGCUUCAUUUUCUACAAAUCUAUAAAUACAAUUGUGCRUGUUUGCCUAGCAAUGUCUAUGAAUUAGUCGCUGGGCUUUGAAUUCCAGCUGUCGACUGCAUAGAAACGUAAAAUGAAUGCAAUCGUAUCAAGUUUUCUGUAAAAAAAAAUAGACUAUAAAAAAUAGACUAUUUAUAUCCUCUAMGUAGAUCAAUCUUUGUGCAGUUAAUACAAGUGACUUUCUACAAUUUAAGAAGUCAUUUAACAUUCAUGAUUAUAAUGGAYUGUGUGGCUUCAAUGUUCUGUACAAGUGAUUACAGUAGAGUACAGCAGUCACAGCACUUUUCAUUCCCUCGUAUCCUCACGCUAUACAGCAGAGUGUAAGCAUCUUCUGGAGUAACAUUUUGCAAAUUGCCAUAAUGAGUUUCUACAAUAUAUUUGCACUCCAUGCAUAAAUAAUGAGUUUCUUGAGAUCCUUCAAAUAACAAUGCUUUGUUGCUCUGUGAUGGUUUAUUACUUUCUUUGAACUGACAUUCCAAUGCAGCACCUCGCAUGACAUCAUGUCCACAGCCUGGACAUCGAAUGGUGGACUGUUGCUCCAUUAUUCUUCCUAAUAAGCAGAAAUUGUUUUUUUUGAAAUACAGUUGCUGACUCCUCCCCAGUCGUCACCAGCACCUUUUUUCUAGUGUUUCACAAAGCUUUAUGGGAAGGCGAAAGAGAAGAGAUGGAGAUGACAUUUCUCUUUUUCACUUCUUCCCUUGAUGGCUUUUGUGGGUGAGAUACUAGGAGAUAUCGACUGGAAACAAGUCAGAUAACAUAGUUUGAAGAAAGCAAGAAAGAAGAAGACUAGUCU